UUUUUGUUGUGGAGCGCGCCAAAGUGGAAGUGCUAAAAACGCUGAAAGUAUUUAACCCAGCUUUGAGCUAAAUCCACACAAGUCUGCGGGACAUGGCUUCUACGAGCAGAGUCCCGUUACAGGCCAUGAACCUACCGUGGGUUGAAAAGUACCGACCGCAGAAACUUGAUGAUCUGAUCUCGCACAAAGAUAUUCUGAGCACUGUCCAGAAGUUUAUCAGUGAGGACAAGCUUCCCCAUCUCUUGUUCUAUGGCCCCCCUGGAACCGGCAAAACCUCCACCAUCCUCGCCUGUGCCAAGCAGCUGUACAAGGAGAAGGAGUUCAACUCCAUGGUGUUGGAGCUAAACGCAUCAGACGACAGAGGUAUCGAUGUGGUGCGAGGUCCCGUUCUGAGUUUUGCCAGCACCCGGACCAUCUUCAAGAAGGGCUUCAAGUUGGUGAUACUGGACGAGGCCGAUGCCAUGACCCAGGAUGCCCAGAAUGCAUUGCGGCGAGUGAUUGAGAAGUACACAGAAAACACUCGGUUCUGUCUGAUCGGCAACUACCUGUCCAAGAUCAUCCCCGCUCUGCAGUCUCGAUGCACCAGAUUUCGCUUCGGCCCGCUGUCCCCGGACCAGAUGAUCCCUCGGCUGGAGUAUGUUGUCCAGCAGGAGAGUAUUGACAUAAACCCAGGAGGAAUGAAGGCCAUUGUGACCUUAUCAUCAGGCGACAUGAGAAGAUCGCUCAACAUUCUGCAGAGCACCAACAUGGCGUACGGGAAGGUGACGGAGGACACGGUGUACACCUGCACAGGUCACCCCCUCCGCUCAGAUAUCGCCAACAUCCUCGACUGGUCCCUCAACAAAGACUUCACCACAGCGUACAAGCAAAUCCUUCAGCUGAAGACGUUGAAAGGUUUGGCCCUGAACGACAUCCUCACUGAGGUUCAUCUGCUCAUACACAGAGUGGACUUUCCUCCGGCUAUUCGGAUUGGUCUGCUCAUCAAGUUGUCUGACAUAGAACACCGGCUCGCCUCAGGAACCAAUGAGAAGAUCCAGCUGAGCUCCAUGGUUGCAGCGUUCCAGGCGGUCAGAGACAUGGUGGUCAGCGAGGCCUCCUAGAUACACUAACCGCUGUACGCCACAACGAAGUUCUGUCUCUCUUGAAUGCGAACCAACGAGGAAGAGAAACUUCUCCCUCAAAUUCCUUUGCGACUAUCAUUACAAUUUUGAAUGAUGAGAAAUUGUUGAAAUCAGUUGAGUUGAGCUUAUUUAGAAAGAAACCCGAUGCCCAGAAGUGUCCGCUGCACGAUUGCCCACCAGUGCUGAUGCACAGCGAAGAGAACCGGACGCUCGCAGCUGUUGCAUCUGCAUACUAACUGAGGGCAGCGGGAGGCAGUCGUUUGUAACUAGUAUUAAAAAAAGAUGAUCAUUUGGUCACUUAAAAUGUGGACUUGGAAAACUGUUAAUGUAGUCACCAGUGGAGGAUCAACUUACUGUCACCAAUCCACAAUGACGUAAAAGAUAUCAAAGAAAUGUGUUUGAAUCUGUUUAAUAAAAGUAUUUCCUAUAUGUCGAGCUUUUGUUAUCGUAUAUUAACAUGUGCAGUAGUAUGUGCCGUUUUAUGAGAAACACAGGAAUUAGACGUGUAUACAUUUGAUAUUUACACAAUAAAUUAAUAGUAUAAAAUUGUGAUAUUCAAGUCAAAUAAGCAUGUGAACAUGAUGUGCAUCAUCUUACAAUCUUAGUGCAAUAAAUGGAAUCCUUAAUGUAGAAAUGCUGCAUCUAUAGUAGAUUAUGUAAGAGCUGCAUCCUGAGCUGUGAAAACAUCUCAAUCGGCAAACAAAAGGAAUACGUUUUUAAAAAAAAAAUGAUUAUGCGUGACAAUCACUCGCUGUAAAUGUCAGUUGUUGCAUUGUGUUAAUGUUCCUAUUUAACCCUCCCAGUCCUCUUCGUCUGAGGAGCAGCAGGUCUUGAGGCAGGUCUUGAGGGGGAUGUCUCUGUAGGUGAGGUACUGGAGGAUCCUCUUGGGGAGGGGCAGCGGCUCCAU